AUGUCGGGAACUACACAGUGGGAAAACAUCUUCCAUGGUCUGGAUACUACCCCGGGCAAGCUCAGAAUGUCCCAGGGCGGCCUUGGCUGGAAGCCCUCCGUCGGUGAGGGCAGCACCAUCACUAUCCCUGCCGAUCAGAUGGCUUCGUUCCAGUGGAUUCGAGUCGCACGGAAUUAUCAGCUCGCGAUCUCUCUGAACAAGGAUCGAGACACACCUUCGUCCGCUCAGACCAACCCAAGGCGCACCAACUUUGACGGCUUUGUCCGCGACGACUACGAGGGUCUCUCGUCUCACAUUCGAGAGUACUUCAACAAGCCGCUCGAGACAAAGGAGGUCUCCACACGGGGAUGGAACUGGGGCCAGGCUAAGAUCAGCAACCACGACGUUCAGUUCUUGGUUCGAGACAAGCUCGCAUUCGAAUUGCCACUCGCACAUCUCGCAAACAGCAACAUCGCCAAGACAGAAGUGUCGAUGGAGUUCUUGAAUCCCGAACAACAACAGCCAGGUGCCAACACCGGCUCAUCAGAUGCAAAUGGCAGCAAGUCGAGGCGCGGCAAGGGAGAUCAGCUCGUCGAAAUGCGUCUCUACGUUCCUGGUCAAGCCACCAAGGACGACGCCAGUGACGCUGGUAGCGCAGCAGACGGCGAGGACAACAACGACGAAACAGCAGCAGAAGCGUUCCACGAAGCACUCAAGUCAAAGGCCGACAUCGGCCAAGUCGCUGGCGACUCGAUCGUCGUCUUCAAAGAAGUGCUGGUUCUCACACCACGUGGUCGUUACGACAUCGACGUUUUCAACACCUUCAUCCGUCUGCGCGGCAAGACGUACGACUACAAGAUCCUCUACAGCUCCAUGAACAAGCUCUUCCUUCUGCCAAAGGCCGACGAGAUCCACGUCAUGCUCGUCAUUGGUCUCGACCCACCUAUCCGUCAGGGUCAGACUCGAUACCCUUACCUUGUGCUCCAAUUUCCGCGCGAAGAGGAGAUGGACGCAGAGCUCAACCUCGACGAGCAGACUAUCCAAGAAAAGUACGAUGGCAAGCUCAAGAAGCGCUACGAGGAGCCCACCUUCCGCAUCGUCACCAACAUCUUCAAGGUGCUUUCGGGGCAGAAGGUGGCCACUCCCACCGACUUUGAGUCUUCCUCCGGGCAGAGCAGCAUCAAGUGCAACGUCAAGGCAGCCGAUGGCAACCUGUACCCACUCGAAAAGUCGCUGCUCUGGGUCUCAAAGCAGCCUGUCUACGUGCCCUACUCCGAGGUCCACCAAGCCAUCCUCUCUCGUGUCGGUGGCGCGGUGGCCUCCUCCAAGACAUUCGAUCUGCGCGUCGCAACUAAGAGCGGCACCGAUCACACGUUCCAGUCGAUCUCGCGCGAGGAGCUCGACCGCCUCAAGGCGUGGCUUGCCGAGCGCAAGGUGAGGGUCAAGAAUGAGAUGGCCGAGGAGACGGGUGGAUUGGCAGCAGCAGCUGCCGCUGGUCUGCUCAGCGACGACGACGAAGAGAUGGGCCCUGCAGGCGGUGCUGAUGAAGACGAGGACAGUGAAGAGGAUGCCGACUUUAACGCAGACUCGGACUCGGACGGCGGCUCGCCGUCAGAAGCGAGCUCGGAUGAAGACGCGGAUGGAGGCUACGAAGAUGAUGGGGAUGAGAGGCCGAAGAAGAAGCGAAAGGACUGA